GGCUAAGGACUCAAUCGGCCUUCUCAAUCCCCCGCGUUUACCAAGCAUAACAAAUAAAAAAAACGAUAUAUGUACCUUGUAAUUUUGCUGAUGUAGAUAGUUAUGGUUGUAAAUUACAACCUAUUGUGUCUUACAAUUUUUAGAACUUCAUAAUUUCUACCAUAUUUGAAUAUUUACAUUCAAUCAAAAAGGUUUAUCUCGAAGCAAAUAAAUAGUGACCUUUAAACAAUUAAGCGAUUGGGGUAGAAUGGAAGGAACUACAAUUAAAAAAUGGGACUGCCCCCAGUGCUUGAAAACAUUUAAAACUAAAGCACAUCUAACCAGACAUAUCGUCACUCACGACCCAAAUGGACAAGUCAAAUGCGAGAUUUGUGGAAAAAUCCUCAAAAAUGUGCUCACUUUACACGCACAUGUGUCCGGCGUGCAUGGACCCCAAAGAAAGCUACCAUGCGACAUUUGUGGUAAGGAGUUUAGUUCGCCCCAGAAUCUGCGAGUACACGUAAAAUUCGUACAUUGCGCGACUUCACGAGUACGCAUGCCCUGCACGUUUCCUGGGUGCGGUAGAACAUUUCUCAGAAAGGCGAGUCUCGUCACACACUUCAAAACUUACCACGCCCAGAAUCCUCUCCGCUUUCGGUGCACCCUGUGCGAGAAGGAGUGCAAAAGUGUGGGAAACCUGGCCAAACAUAUUGCCUCUCAUACGAGGGAGAAGCCAUACCAGUGUGCCACGUGUGGGAGGAGUUUUUCGCAGUUGGGUUCACUUAAAGGACACGAGCCGACGCACCAAGAGAAAUCUUCCCGAGCGGUGUUCCCAUGUCACGUAUGUCGUCGGAAUUUCUUACAAAAAUGCGACCUCAACUUUCACGUGAAAAAUUAUCACGGAACUCCUGACAAACAUUCGUGCCAAUUUUGCGGCUACACCACGUGCAAAAAAUCACAUCUUACGCGUCACUUGAAACGGAAAAGCUGUUUUCCAUUAAGUUACGAAUGUUACUUCUGUGGACAAACAUUCUUCAACUUCUCCGUGCUGAAUGAUCAUCUGGGCAGGGUUCACACGCUGGAGAAAUGAAUAUUUAUUGAAUUGGGUAGUUUCAACAGUUGCUUUUAUAUUAUUUCUAGUUUUGUAUCAUACUAGUUUCGUAUAAAUUAAGGCCUUACGGUUAAUAAAAUAAAACUUGAGUUGUUUUUUGGUAAA